UUUAGCUACUGUCUGUGGUGUUUUGGGUCUCAUUGAUUCCAUGCUUUUUCAUUGACGUGUAGGAAUAUUGUGUUUCUAACGAAGUUUGUGUUGGCACGAUUGUGUCCAGGAUGCUGCCGGUCAGUGCUGUGGCGCGUGUGUGUAUGCGAGUGUCAUCGUCGGGAAUCUCCUGUGGUUCUCUCUCAUUGGACACCAAAACAUGGCCCCUCCCCCAACCAAGACUACGCGCGGCCUUUCUCAAGACCCCCAUGGCCGCCGCCUCCCUAGUGUCCUGCCGCAGUGUAACCACGGAAACAGGAGGCUGGUAUGAGAGCCUUGCGGACUCAACAGCCGUGCACCUGAUGGAACAGCUCCUCAUUUCUACCCAGAAUGCAACUGGUCUGCCCUGGUGGGCCAACGUCAUCGCUACGACGUUCGCACUCAGAACUGUUGUCACGUUGCCACUAGGGGUCUACCAGUCCAUCAUCAUUGGCAAGGUUGAAGCGUUACAGCCUGAAAUAGCUGAUCUGGCCAAGCGUCUCCGUUAUGAGGUGUCAAUCAAAGCCGAACAGAAAGGCUGGACAGAGAAGACUUGCAGGUACCAGUUUAAGAGGAAUCUGAAGCGUAUAGUGUCGGAGCUGUAUGUGCGGGAUAACUGCCACCCAUUUAAGGCCAGUGUGUUGGUGUGGGUGCAGCUGCCUAUGUGGGUGUGCAUGUCCCUUGCACUACGCAACCUCAGCCUCGGAGCCUCACACUCACCUUCAGUGUGUGAAGAGCUGGCAGUAGGGGGUGCCCUCUGGUUUCCUGAUCUCACUCUACCAGACUACACCUGGGUCCUGCCAGUCAGCCUAGGAAUCACCAACCUCCUCAUCACCGAGAUCUUUGCUCUCCGGAGGCUGGAGGCGUCUAAGGUGCAGAAGUACGUCACUAAUUUCAUCAGAGGAAUCUCCAUACUCAUGAUCCCCAUAGCAGCCACAGUACCUUCAUCCAUGGCGGUGUACUGGUUAAGCUCUAGCCUGGUCGGUUUGGGCCACAACCUUUUGCUGCGGUCCCCUCGUUUCCGACGACUCUGCCGUAUUCCGCCAUCGCGGGGUGACUCCAAUAUGCCUUACAGGGACCUGGCUGCUGCUGCCGUCAGGAAAUACCUGAAGUAGGGUGACCCCCAGGACCCCCACAGAUCUCUAAUGAUCCACCAGGACCAGGACUCUAGUGAUCCACCAGGACCCCCACAGUGACCCCCAGGACUGCUACAGACCUCCACAGGCCACUACAGACUUCUUGUGACCCCCCAGGACUGCUACAGACUAUCCAGUCAACCAGACUAGCAGAGGAGUAGAACGGUCUGGACUGUCCACAUGGUGCAUGUGUACUUGCACAUUACACACACACACACACACACACACACACACACACACACACACACACACACACACACACACACACGCUCUUUCCAUCACACACACACAGAGAGCUUGGACUCAUGCUUGAGCUUGACCUGGUCAUAUUCUCACCUGAAUGGUAUUUAUAAAGUGAUCUAAUGAAUAGUGUUGGCUGUGACUUUGAGAGUAUUUAACGUUGUGUGUAUUUGUGUAGGAGAAUGCUGAUGGUGUAUAGCUGUCCACUGGAUGUGCCAGGUCAUCCUGACAGACUGUUAAAAUAAAGAGCCGAAGC